AUGACAAGUAUUUGUGAACAUAUCAUUGAACAACACAUCACAUGGUCAGUCUAGGGACAGAUGAUAUACAAGGAUCAAUGCACUCGAUGUUUUGUGGAAGCCAAAAGUGACAAUGGUAUACAGGUGUGUUUGAAAUGUUUUAAUGGAGGUUGUAUUGAAAUGCACAGUCCUCAGCAUAGUGAUCAACAUAAUCAUUACGUUGUUUUGAACAUCAGAUUAUUUGAGAUCGAAUAACCAUAACAGAAAGUGGAGGAGAUUAAUAAACUAGUGAUUGCCGACAUUCCAUAAUUGGAGUGUGAAACAAGUGUGACUUGUUUGAAAUGCUAGAAAGCAUUGAAUUCUCCAGAGUUGGAUGGAUUGGUUUAGUCAAUUAAAUAAGCCAAUUCUGCAUUUAAAAGACAAGCAAUAGCAUAAUGGGAACACACAGCUUAACCAUGCGAACAUACAUUAACAAUGGAAUAGAUACCAUUGGUUGAGAAGAAUUUAUAAAAAUGUAGAAGUUGUCAUUUGUCAUCUAAUUUAUGGUUAUGUUUGUAUUGUGGACAUGUAGGUUGUGGUAGAAAAGUGUACGAUGGAUCAGGAGGAAAUAAUCAUGCUGUUGAUCAUUCUAAGGAAUUUUAACAUCAUUUGGUUGUCAAAUUGGGAACAAUCACAUCGGAUGGUAAAGGUGAUGUAUUUUGUUACAAAUGUGAUGAUGAGGUAGUUGAUAACUUUCUUAAAGAGCAUCUGGCUACUUAUGGAAUUGAAAUUGAAAAGUAAGUGAAGACAGAAAAAACCAUUGCAGAAUUAACCUUGGAUGCCAAUUUAUCAUUGUAAUUGAGUAAAUUGAUAGAAGAGGGUUAAGUGUUGGAUCCAAUCUUUGGACCUGAAUUCACAGGAAUUGAUAACAUUGGAAACACAUGUUAUAUGAAUUCAGUUGUUUAAGUAUUGUUUAGUAUACCAGAAUUCUAAAAGUUGUACUCUCUUGAACAUUAAUUCAAUUGCAAUAGAUUGCCAUACAAUUGUAUUUUGUGUCAGAUCAGCAAGGUUAAUCAUGGUCUUAAUAGUGGUGAGUUUUCAAUAAAAAAGGUAGCCAAAUCUCCUUUGGAUACUGAAGGAGCCUAAAAGGAUUUCUACUAAGAUGGAAUCAGAUUGUAUGAUUUCAAGCAAUUAGUAGCAAAGGGAAAUCAACACUUUCUUUCCAAUCAUUAAUAAGAUGCAUUAGAGUAUUGGCAAUUACUGAACUAAUUCUUUUAGAAGACAGAAAAAUAAUUCAAAUUAGAAUAGUUAUCCACUAUCUUCUCAUUCGAUUAGACCACUAUACUUUAAUGUGUGAAUUGUGGGGGACACAAAACAAAUAGUGUCAAAAAUUAAGAAUUCAAAGUGCCUGUUGAAUAGCCUACUUAGGAGUAGAUUAAUCUCUAUUAUGCUCAAGAGAAAUAGAAGUAUGAGGAGAGAAUCAAAACUAUGAGACCAGAAGACAUAAAGCCAUUCGAAUUGAAUGAUUUACCUGAGUAUGACACAACCUUUGAAAAGUGUUUGUAAUUAGUCAAGGAAGGAGAACGAGUAGAUAUGUUUUGUCCUAAAUGUUAAUCUCUCUAAUUAUUCGUGAAAUAAGAGUAUUUUAAGACUUUCCCUAAAUAUUUAUUUGUACCUGUAAAUAGAUUCGUUUAAGAGAAUUGGGUUCCCAAGAAAUUGAAUGCAUCUAUUAAAAUUUAACAGUUCUAUGAUUUUGCUGAAUUCAAAGAGCCUGUGUUGCAAGAUAAAGAUGCUUUGAAAGAGUAAUCUGCAUAGGAGUAUACAGAGGAAAACUUGUAGACUUUAAUCGGAAUGGGUUUUGGAGAGAACAGAUGUAAACGAGCCUUGAUCAAAUAUAAGAAUGACGUUGAAGCUGCUAUGAUGUUUAUUAUGGAAUCUUUAGAUGAUCCAACUCAAGAUUAACCAUUAUAACAAAAACAAUAAGGAUAACAAAUUAACGAAGAGUUUGUGGAAUAAAUAGUUGUAAUGGGAUUCAGUCCAGAAUAAGCUAAAUUUGCAUUAUCUAAGACAGAUAAUAAUUUGGAGAGAGCUAUGGAUUACAUCUUCAACCACGACCUAGAAGCUGAGAUGAGUCAGACCCAAGAGAAGUAACAAUAGAAAUAAGAUCAAUUUGAAAAUCAAACAUCUAAAUAUGAAUUGUUUGCCUGUAUCGUCCAUUUAGGGAAGUCUGUUCACUGUGGACAUUAUGUAUCCUACAUAAGAAAGAAUGGAGAAUGGAUCCUAUUCAACGAUUCAAAGGUUGCCAAGUCUGCAGAACCAGCAUUACACAAGGGUUACAUGUACAUCUUCAGAAGACUGGAUUGA